GACCGAGAAAAUUCGCGAGAGAUUAUUUCGGAGACUUCACGACGCUACCGCGAAUGCUAUCAUCGCACGCGAUGUGUAUCCUGAACCUGUAGAGAGUUAUGUCGUUGGAUCAGACAGUAUGCGAAGAUUUGAAAGCUUUCGAAAGGCGACUCACCGAGGUUAUUGCAAGUCUACAACCGGCCACCAAGCGAUGGAGACUGUUGUUGUGUGCAGUGUCCACUUUCACUGCUAUCGGUGCUUGGUAUUGGUUGACAGAUCCAAACACAUCAGCAGUGCCCUUCACACAGAGUUUAUAUAAUCAUCCAUUCUUUACAAUGGCUAGUGUAAUUUUAGUAAUAUUAUUCAUGCUGGGAGUACACAGACGAGUGAUAGCACCUAGUAUUAUAACUCAGCGAGCCAGGAGUGUACUUGGCGAUUUCAACAUGAGUUGUGACGAUACUGGAAAGUUAAUCUUGAAACCUACGAGACCUCCCCAUCCUCACGAAACUUAGAAUAUUUGCGACUAUUUAGUAAAUGUGAGAAAUAAAUACAAAAUGAGCUCAGUCAUUCUUGUUACAGUAUCGUUUUGAAAUUUAUGACAAGUAGAGAAUUUAGAGUUAUAUAUUUUGACUUAUGGAUUUUUAAUUAAUUAUGCAUUAUGUGAUCUUUUAUGAUGCAUAUUAAACUUAUAUAUGUGAAUAUAAUAUGUGAUCUACCUGAGCAUGUGCUAAAUCUUGGAAUCGCAAUUUUUUCGAAGCUUGAAUAAUACCAUUAAUUAAUUAAUACCAAUUAAUAUUUUCUUGAUAUCACGAUCUAAAAUGUAAAAAAGAAAUAAUCAAAUCGGAGAGUAAGUUUCAUAAAUUCAAAAGUUCCACGAGUUCCGAAAAUUCCUGAAAUUUUACCUGCAGAUUCGAACAGUUUGAAUGUUUCCUAAAAAAGCAAAGUAUUAGGAGAAUACAAACAGAUGAGAGGUGGUAAUUACGACUUUCGAAACUGCGAUUUCAAAGCCACGAUGUAUAUAACGAUUAAAACAUUUAUUCGUAGUAAUAUUCCGCAUGUUACAAUUUUCUUUUCCGUUUUUUUCUCAGUAUGCACAAUCACGCAUUUGUCUUUUUAAAAUAGUUACAUGUACAAUAUUAUAAUCUAUGCGGACUACGGUUCAUUCACAAUCAAAUAUUCACGAGGAGCCGUCUUGUCAGUUUUGAAAUCAUAUUAGACUAUAAUAUGUAAUAUGUACAAAUGAUUAUCCGACCACAGAGUACUAUUUUCAACGUACCGCCAAUGGACAAUGAUUGCGUAUGUGAAAAAUGUCUUGUAAGAUGUCUUUAACAAUUGUACAGAGCACAAAGCAAACCCUGUUGCUUUUUAAAAGUAUGUGUGUACAUACUUUUGUCGCCGAUUUGGUACCAAGAGUAGAAAGUCUUGGCUAGCCUAUCGAUAAAUUUCGUGAUAAUUUUGCCAAAUGUUGGGUUGCAUAUAAUUUUAUGCAAUUUACGAUUUUCGCACAUUUAAUAAUGCGCGCUUUUUACAUGCAUACAUUAUAUAAUUUGAGAUAAAUCAGUUUACGGAAUAAAUCGUAUGAGUUAC